CUAAAUGACAAAAUGGCCCCCAGGGAUUUGGCAAUAGCAGUCAUCUUCUUAUCACAGACGAUAGUUGGAAUCCUGGGCAAUUUCUCUAUUCUUCACCAUUAUGUCUUCCAUUACCACACCGAAGGGAGUUUGAGACCCACAGAGUUGAUCAUCAGGCACCUGAUUAUAGCCAACUCCUUGACGAUGCUCUCAAAAGGUGUCCCCCAGACAUUGGCAGCUUUUGGGCUGCAAUAUUUCCUCAAUGAGUUUGGAUGCAAACUUCUUUUGUAUGUUCAGAGGGUGGGCAGGGGUAUGUCCAUUGGCAGCACCUGCCUCUUGAGUGUCUUCCAGACCAUCAUGAUCAGCCCCAUGAACUCCUAUUGGAAGGAUCUUAAAACCAAAGCCCCAAAGUACAUUGGCUUCUCCAUUUCCCUCUGUUGGAUCCAGUUCAUGUUUGUAAAUUUAAUUUUUCCUAUGUAUGUGUUAUAUGCAUCUAACAACUGGCACAUGAAAAACAUCACAAAGAAACGAGAUUUGGGGUAUUGUCUUUCUGUAGAUACUGAGACAAUCACAGUUUCUGUAUAUGCAGCAUUGAUAGUAUUUCCUGAAGUUUCACUUUCUGGGCUCAUGAUCUGGACCAGCGGCUCCAUGGUCUUCCUCCUGCACAGACACAAGCAGCGGGUCCAGCACAUUCACAGCACUAAUGUCUCCCCCAGAUCCUCUGCCGAGUCUAGAGCCACCCAGAGCAUCCUCGUCCUCGUGAGCACCUUUGUGUCUUUCCACUUCCUCUCCUCCGUCUUUCAUGCUUGUAUUGCUCUUAUUUAUAAUCCCAGCUGGUGGCUGGUGAACACCGCUGCAGUAAUUUCCGUGUGCUUUCCAGCCAUCAGCCCAUUUCUGCUCAUGAGACAAGACUCCACAGUAUGUAGGCUCUGCUUUUCCUGGAUAAGGAACACAAAAUCCCCUAAUCUUACCAGAAAAAAUGUGAAUUGUAUGUGUCUGAGCAAUGCCCAGUUGUUUAUUUACUCCUCCUGCUGGAAAAGUCAAUACAGAACCUAG